UGUCAAAAGGGGUUUGCGGCUCCCGGUGUUUUCUUUUGUGCAGGAAACGGGUCCAAAUGGCCCAUUGAGUGUUAAAGGUUGCCGACCCCUGUUUUAACCCAAUCAGCAGACACAGCUGGACAAAACAGGCCGAGAAAAGCCACCAUUUCCUUGUUCUGGCCAGUGGCCAUAUAAUCCUGGACAGCAAAGUCUGUUCCACUGAAUCAGCUGGAACAUGCUGUCACUCAAGGGCAUUGCCACUUUUGGAAAAGGUUGGUCCUGUGAGCUGCAGUAUUAUACCCCUUCCUCCCUGUGUGUCCCAGCACUUUUGCUUUUUGGAACCUGCUGUCUCUUGAGGUGCUCAUCAGAUUUUCUUCUCUGGUUUGUUUUUGGCUUAUGAUGUUGCUUGUCAAGGGGACGUGCACGCAAAAUUUUCCAGUUCGUUCAGUGCAUAAACAAGCCACGGGUGUAGCCAGGCAGUGUGUGUGAGCAGAUUUCUACUAGAACCCUGACUUACUACGUGUGACCAGGUGUGCGCAUGAGAGAGAGGAUUUGCACUGUGAUCUUUAGCAUACAGAACUUCUCUUUGUUUUAAGCAUCUUUUCUAUCUGGUUUGCACACGCUUUUCCAUGACUUGACAACUGCAGCUUCAGGCUGUGUGUGAGUUGCACGUCCGAAUAAGCCAUCACGGACCCUGCCUCGAAAAGAACUUUUUUCCCCCGCCUCUAUCACUUCAGGCUGUGCUUUGAAAUGAAUUCUCUGUACACUUUCCACUUCAAUUAAUCAAAGGUUUAGUAAUCAUGUGACGUAUGUGCUCAGGUAUGAUUUUGUCCUUGCUCUGUUUUGGAAAUGCUUGUCUCAGCUCUGAGUAGACAUCUUUGGAACCCCUUUGAAUGUUGCACAGUUGUGUCCAAUCCACAAGUUGCAAGUGUGGUAUGUGGUAAUUGCACAUAUGUAAAAUCUUCUCCAUGCAGGGUAUUUUGGUAAUUUGAGAAGGUUAUAAGUUUAUAUUUCUAUAUACUGCCUGUAGGUCCUGCGUGAUUUACCAACAACAGUUGAAAAGUCAGUAAAAACAAGCAUAUUAAAGAAAACUAGUCUGGGAACUAAUCUAGACUUUAAUGACUCUAAUCGUCUUCUUGGUGUUGAUUCUGUCCAAGACCCGGAGACAUCAAAAUGAUGGCACAGAUCAAUCUUUCAGGUAGCUGCUCAUGAAUUCCCCUUCUCUGGUUCAUUUCCCAAACAUAAUUCUGACAAAUUUUGGUGUCACUUCUUCGUCACACUUGGCUAUGCUUAGUUUUAUCCGUAGCCAUCCAUUUUCUUGCUUUCAUUGCGCAACGUAGCUCUUGGAGAUACUGUUUGGGGCACUUGUGGUAUGGCGAUGGUCCAAAAUGAAAGGAAGAACCUUCAGGUUUCAGAAGUCUUCCUUCGGUGCUCACCUGGAGGUCUCCCAGUGACCAGGCAAGGAGGUGGUUGUUGAACUGUGUGCUCCAAACAACACAUACAAGGAACAAGCAGGCCGCUGAUCGGGAACUUUGGCUGGUGUAGCAUUACAAUGGUGUUGGUUGUGUGUCUCUGUGUUGACAACACAGCAGUCCUUCAUGCUGUCCAGAAUGCCAUCCCUUGUGCUUUCUGUGUGAAGGCUCCAGAUCUGCUGCCAGUCCGUGUUGGUAUUAUAGAAUUGGAUGAACCAACCCACUGAUUAAGAAAAGGCAGCUUUGUUUCCCUGACACCUGACUGGUUUGUUGUCUUGCAAGCUGCAGUGGUGCUUUUCUGCAUCGCUGAACCCAACAAAGUUCGUGAUGCAAAUGAUGUUAGUGUUGUGGCACACCAGGACAGCACUGCAACUCACAACCUUGGGGGUGAGGCCUCUCGUGCCCCGUUCUGUCUGCUGCUGAUGGUAAAUGCACUGAAGGUGUAUUUGUCCUAAAGAAGGCCAGAGGUACGGGGUAUAUGGUAGCUGUCUCCACAUUCUGUGUCAGUUAAUCCCAUAAAUUGUGAAUUGGGUGAAGAGGAAGGAAAGGAGAAUGAUCUGGGGACUGGGAACAAAGCCCCAUGAGGAGAGGUGGGAAGAGCAAAUGUAUCCCAGUUGUAGGAAGCCAGGUUCUGGCUAGAUAUCAGGAAAAAACUUCUGACUGCUAGCGCAGUGCAGCAAUGGAACCCAUGACUGAGGGAGCUGAUGGGCUCUCCCAUACUGGAGGCAUUCAGGUGGUAGUUGGACAGUCAUCUGUCAGGGAUGCUUGAACUUGGAGACCUGCAUUGAGCAGAGGAUUGGAUUGGAUGGGCUUGCAGGCCUCUUCCUGCCCUACAAUUAUGUGACUCCCUAAGCAAUACUUACUGUCAGUCUUCUUGCUGGAUACCGCAGACAUCUUGCAUUAGAAAACUAGAGGCAAGAAACUGGUUAGGUCUUCCAAAUUUUGAUUUCUGAAAAGCAGCCUCCGUCCACACCCGGUUACUUUGCUUUCACCAUUUCUUUGUGUUCCCAGCUUCCUGAGCAGCAGCGACAACAGAACCCUCAGCCGGCACAAGCCCCUUCCGUACACCUCUCUGAAGCGUUGCAGCCCCGUCAUAGUCUAGGGUCCAUCCAUACCUGGCUGACAUCCAGGUAUGCAAGACCAGGUAUGCAAGAAUGGUAACUAAUGCUGAAGACCUCCAAGGGGGUUUCUGACUUCCUCUCCCCAUGUAAAGUAUGCUGAGAACUUUUCCAGUGGUUCUGCUGGAAACCAUGUUUCACUACACCGACGAACCCAGAUUCACCAUAGAGCAGAUCGACCUGCUUCAGCGCCUGCGGCGCACUGGAAUGACGCGGCACGAGAUCCUCCAUGCCUUGGAAACCUUCGACCGCCUUGACCAGGAGCACAGCGACAAGUUCGGCCGUCGGUCCACCUACGGGGGCGGUGGCGGCACCUGCAGCAACAGCACCACCAACAAUGUCCCGGCGUCUUCCUCCACUGCCACAGCUUCCACACAGACCCAGCAUUCUGGGAUGUCCCCCUCCCCAAGCAAUAGUUACGACACCUCCCCACAGCCUUGCACUACCAAUCAGAAUGGGCGGGAGACCAACGAGCGGUUGUCCGCCUUCAACGGGAAGAUGUCGCCCACCCGUUACCCGUUGGCCAACAGCAUGGCCCAGCGGUCGUACAGCUUCGAAGCCUCCGAGGAGGACUUGGACGUGGACGACAAAGUGGAGGAGCUGAUGAGGAGGGACAGCAGCGUGAUAAAAGAGGAAAUCAAAGGCUUCCUGGCCAACCGGAGGAUUUCGCAAGCUGUUGUUGCGCAGGUAACAGGUAUCAGUCAGAGCCGGAUCUCCCACUGGCUGUUGCAACAGGGAUCGGAUUUGAGCGAGCAAAAGAAACGGGCCUUUUACCGAUGGUACCAGCUUGAGAAAACAAACCCCGGGGCGACGCUAAGCAUGAGGCCGGCCCCCAUCCCAGUCGAAGAACCGGAAUGGAGGCAGACGCCGCCUCCCGUCACCGCUACCUCUGGGACCUUCCGCUUGCGGCGGGGCAGCCGCUUCACCUGGCGAAAGGAGUGCCUGGCUGUCAUGGAAAGCUACUUCAAUGAGAAUCAAUAUCCCGAUGAAGCCAAGAGGGAAGAAAUCGCAAAUGCCUGCAAUGCAGUCAUUCAGAAGCCAGGGAAGAAGCUUUCGGACUUGGAGCGAGUCACCUCCCUCAAAGUCUACAACUGGUUUGCCAACAGACGGAAGGAAAUCAAGCGACGGGCCAAUAUCGAAGCAGCAAUCCUGGAGAGUCAUGGGAUAGAUGUACAAAGUCCUGGCGGCCACUCCAACAGCGAUGACGUAGACGGGAAUGACUAUUCGGAGCAGGACGCUUGGCCAGUGCGCAAUGGGGAGGAGGAGGGACGAUGUGCAGAGGGAGGCAGAGAAGCAGAGAAGUUAGAAGAAGACAGGACGAUCUGCUCAAAACAAGAUGACAGUACCAGCCAUAGUGACCACCAGGAUCCCAUCUCGCUGGCCGUGGAGAUGGCAGCAGUGAACCAUACCAUCCUGGCACUGGCGCGGCAAGGAACCAGCGAGAUCAAAGCGGAGGCCCUGGGCGACGACUGAUGAGGCGGCGGAGGGGGAGCGCUCCCAGCCGAGAAAGUAACCUAGGUUUAGACGUAGCACCUUAGCAGCCUUUACCUGGUCCCCAAUAUGUGUUUUCUUACAGUAUAACUUUGCAGUCUCUUGUCCGUCAAGUUAUCCGUUUAGGGUCUUGUCCUGUGAAGAUGGCAUGGUGCUCUCUCACUCGCGUGUGAACGCUCAGUAUUAACUCCCAGUCCAAUCAUUCACUGCACCGACCGACCUUCCUCUCCCGGCGCAGCUCCCGCCCCGGCGGACGAAGCCCUCCGCGGCUCCCUCUCGCGCGUUCCACGGGCAGGGGUCCCGGCGUCGUAGCGGCCCCCAGGUGCAAAAUCUGUCCAAGAGAACCAGCCAACGGCGCAGCCUUGGAGUGCCCUUCCGGGGUUCGGGCUUCCCCCCGUUCCGAGCCCGAAAGGCAGGCAGGGGCAGCAGGGAGGACGGCUGCCACGGGGAGGGACCGUGAGCGCCCCCGUGCAUGGCGGCGUCUCAGCAUCUGCCUGCCAGGUGCCGACACGUCGGGCCCCUCUGGCCACGCAGCCCCAGGGUCGUCCCUGUUAUUCUCGGCGAUGGGCGCCUGGCCUGAACAGCCAGGGAAAUGGGGAGCUGCCUCGCUUCGUUGGGUGCCCAUUCCUCAGCCUGGCCGUCCUCUUUUCUGCUGUGUGAUGUGAGGCAUAAGCCAAGAUUUUCUGGGAGAGAGCGGCCAGCUCUCGUGCGAGCGCCCAGAGCCGCCAUCAGCAGAAAAGGGUCUUUUCCGCGUGUCUCAAAAAUCCCCAGGCACGAUGCUCCUUCCUCCGGCGGGUCUUCAGGAACGGAGUGGGGGCGGAGCGAUCCUUCCGCGAGAGGCUGCCAUGGCCGGGACGGUUCCCAGCAUGGCCGUACACAUGCUUGCUCAGGGGUAAGCCCCACAGAGUUCAGUGGGGCUUGUUCCCAGGCGCGCAUGUGCAGAUCUGCAGGCCCUCCCGACCCCAAAACCUAGCAGAACACCCACCCUCUGACUCGGCCUGUUUAGGCCAGCGACACACGGCGAGAGGCCGGGCGAGCUUCUGCUGUGCCUAAUGGGGAACAGCUCUGCCACUCUCUCUCUAAAUAUACACCGUUUCUGGCGAAAAGUCUGAAUUCAGCCUCGGAAGUACGGGAAACCUCGUGAAAGAUCCGUGUGACCUCUUCCCCUUCCCCACAGGCAAUGCAAUGCAAUGCAGCACUCUUGGGAAAGUUUUCCUCCCGGCUCCCAGCAGGCCCCGUGCCCCACGAGAAGGGAUGGGAAACACGCAGGCGUGUGCACGCCCACACUUGGCACAACCCUGCCCGUUGGUACUGAUUCACGGCUGUGUGCUUUUGGUGUGGUCGGUUCCCAGCGGCAUCGGCACAGGAUCCGUUCUCCCCCUCUGUUCCUUCUUUGUGUUGGUCUUGGCCAAGCGCCGGGCAGGUUAGGGAACACUUGGAAGCCAUAUUUAAACGGGACACUGCGUGGUGCUGUGUGCCGGGACCGUUCGCUUGCUCCCGUGGUGGAGGUCAGCUUUCUUUAGCCAGCCUUGGCCGGCCACCCUGAGGCCGUUCAGGCGGUCCAGUGGAAUGGUGUUCGGUGGUCUUUGAAGUGAAUCUAUUUCUUAAAUAGCAACAAUGAACUGGUUUUUUCAUAUAUCUUGAUCAUUAUGUAGCACUUUGGUUACUUUUUUCUUAAACAAAUAAAUAAAUAUUUAUAUUUAUAUUUGAUAAUUUCCUUUUGAAAAAUUAUUGGAGAAGUCAAGAAUUCAGCGCAAUAGACUUACGUUGAAGAGUCACCCCAUAAUAUGCUUUGGGCAGAAUCCAUUGGGAACAUCACUGAUGAAACGGCCCCGGACUCCAUAGAACUGAAUGGGCUUUCCAGCCAAGCUCCGCUUGAGGCCUGCUUCAGAUGUGAACAAGAGUCCGGAUGAGCGCAUCAAUGAAACUUGUACGCCGUGUGUUCCCAGUGAAUUGUGCGCCUGUCAUUUGGCAUCUCUGAAUGUUGCGUGUGCAUUACUUUUCAUAAACUCAUACCUUGGCCGACGUGGCCAGAAUAGGGAGGCCUCAAUAGAUUUCAGCCUGGUUCUUUCAUUUAUGCCGCCCCUCCGCUCCUCUGAGGUUGUGACUGGGUUCCGACAACACAAGAACCCAGGGUUGAACAUAAGUUGGCUGUGUUAAAAUGUGCAUUAUUGUGUUGUCUGAACCCAGCCAAGAUAACAAACUGUGGUGAACAAUUCCAACUUCACAACCGCACAGCAAACCAUGGAUUUCUCUCCCUAUUUUGUUUUGUGGUUAACAGGACAUGGGUUGGUAGCACAGCUGGGUUCAAACAACACGGUAACCCAUGUUUCAACAACGUGCUGCAGUUCAGUGGCAACCCGCAUUCAGCCCUUCCUCAACCUUUGACUGUGGGUUAUCCGGUUGUCUGAACCCAAUCCUCGUGUAGCAGAAGGGCAAUGGCACGGAAUCUCUGCCCUGUUGGAAGGGGUCAGAGGGUGCAGGAGGGAUGCAUGAACUGGGAGGGCCGUCUCUGAAUCAGUUUGCCCGUUCUUGAAUGCCAGCCAAGAGACUGAUGGAAAGGCAGUUCCUCAGGCUCCCUGCAUGCAUCUUGUGUGUUCUGGGAGGGGCGGAAGAGAGAGUAGCAUUCUGGGAAAGCUACUCCAUGGUGGUCCAGUCAUUUCAGGAUCCCCCGGCAGCCCCGUGGCCAACCAAUAAUUACUUGAUGGUUUUCGGAAAGGGUCCGAUGCUGCUGCUUCUUAGGAUUAGCUGCCGGCAGUUAGAACUUCCGGGCAAAAAUGUGCCAGUAUUUUGGCUCCACCUCCUUUGCUUCCCACCACCAGAAUGUGGCCCCGAGUACUUCCGCAGAGAUGAUGUUGGCCCUUUGGGCUGAGUAAAGCUGAACCUCCCUGAGCCGCAGCCCGGCUCUCAUAAAUGUCCAGGUGGGAUGCAGUCUAGAGAGGGAACUGGACUCACGCAAGAUGGCGCCGUGCAACUGGAUGGCCCCACCAGUGGUGGGGUGUGUGUGUCUU